CCGGCCGAGCCCCUGCCGCGGGCACGGUCGCCCGCCCGCCCGAGACCGCCCGCGACCCGCCCUGCCACGCACACCCGCCAACAUGGUCUGCUGAGCGCGAAGGCGGCCCGACCGGGAGCUCGAUUUUCGUGGGGGGUGGGGGGUGGGCCUACUUCACAAAGUCACUGCUAUUAACACGAUUAUCUUCUUUUCUUCCCACUGACCCUCCCCACUUACCCUCUCCCGCCUACUCUACCCGGGCGGGAGUUGUUUCCACGAUGAAAUGAGUGAGAACCCGAGUGCUCCUGUGUCUCCCGUGGUGCGAGUGAGUCGCUGCCGCUGAAGGCAAGGGCGGGGGCGGGACCUGGGGGGUGGACGGCAGGUGGUCCCCGGGCGCCGCCCGGGAUUUGGGAGAGCCCGCCACCUUGGCCUCAGCCAUGCUCUCGAGAAGAUAGGUCGCACUCCCCCAUCCCGAACGGGGCGCACGCUCAGGGAGGCUCCCUGGGGGAUGUAGGACUCGGGCGCAGGGCUGAGCGCGUUGGGGUCCCGGGCAUCGACCAGGUCUGACCGCAGAGCCGGAGCAGUUGUUGUCCUGCAGUACACCCCCUUUCCCUCUGCCAUCAUGGUUCUCCUUGGCAGCAGCACUAGCAGCCGCCUGAGGGUGAAAAUGUGGGUGAUGGGGAAGUUGGUAAUGACUCCGCUGUUUUUUCUCAUGGCUCCUUUGGGCAACAGCUGUCCGCCCCCGGUGUACACUGUAGUUGAUUGCAGGGAAACUCUGUACCUCUCCCCUUCUUUCUCUACUGAUUUUGCACUUUUCUCUUUGCUCACCACCAAGUGUAAUCAAUAACAAGCACUGACGAUACAUAGCAAUAGUGAAAUCUGAAAUAACUAAGAACUAAUUAGGUACUACAGCCAUGGAUCUGGCUGGGUAAAAUCCAAUUGGAUAUUUCAGUUUCAUUCACCUACCCUGUUUUGGUGUUUUUUUUUUUUUUGUUGUUUGUUUGUUUUGGUAUUUGAAAAACAAGGAUCACACUUUCUCCCUCCCCAUUCCUUUUCUUAAUCCCUUUUCUAAAAGGGGAAAAUUCGAAUGGGUUUCAAGGAUUGGACUGGUGUCAGCUGUGUUUUACUGCACACCUAAAUCCUGAUAAUAGGCUUUUCAUUUCCCCUCAAAGCCUUUAUUUUAGCAGUGAAGCCAAAUGUGUUUUCCAGAAAGUUAGUUCAAAUACUUUCUCCUCUUUCUUAUUCCCCUUCCYUUUUCCCAUCAAUCCCCAAACAUUAUUGUCCAGACAUGACUGGACAGCAGCUUUUGUUUCUUGACCCUGUAAUAUGACAGUCUGCUAAUAUUGCCAGAAGGUGCAGUUUUGGGGUUACAGUCGUGAUUUUAGCUAUUCAAUCAUAUUAGCAGGAAAAAAAAAUGACUUGUUUCUGUUGUACUUGAGUCUUAAGAAAAAGUGCCCAUAGUUUAGUGACAAUUUCCAAAGGCUUUAGUACCACCUGUAUUUCAAAAUGGGGGACCCAAACUCCCGGAAGAAACAAGCGCUGAACAGACUUCGUGCUCAGCUUAGAAAGAAAAAAGAAUCUCUAGCUGACCAGUUUGACUUCAAGAUGUAUAUUGCCUUUGUGUUCAAGGAGAAGAAGAAAAAAUCAGCACUUUUUGAAGUGUCUGAGGUUAUACCAGUCAUGACAAAUAAUUAUGAAGAAAAUAUCCUGAAAGGUGUGCGAGAUUCCAGCUAUUCCUUGGAAAGUUCCAUAGAGCUUUUACAAAAGGAUGUGGUACAGCUCCAUGCUCCUCGUUACCAGUCUAUGAGAAGGGAUGUAAUUGGCUGUACUCAGGAGAUGGAUUUCAUUCUUUGGCCUCGGAAUGAUAUUGAGAAAAUUGUCUGUCUCCUGUUUUCCAGAUGGAAGGAAUCUGAUGAGCCUUUUAGGCCUGUUCAGGCCAAAUUUGAGUUUCAUCACGGUGACUAUGAGAAACAGUUUCUGCAUGUACUGAGCCGCAAGGACAAGACUGGAAUUGUUGUCAACAAUCCCAACCAGUCAAUGUUUCUCUUCAUUGACAGACAGCACUUGCAGACUCCAAAAAACAAAGCUACAAUCUUCAAGUUAUGCAGCAUCUGCCUCUACCUGCCACAGGAACAGCUCACCCAUUGGGCAGUUGGCACCAUAGAGGAUCACCUCCGUCCUUACAUGCCAGAAUAAAGGGCCGACCAGCAAAAUGAAGAAGAUUAGAGAAUGCAGCAGCAAUUGUUUUUCUUGUUUUCUUACCACUUUAUUUUUUCAGAGUUUGAAGAAAAUGGACUCAUGCACAGAACACUAUGCAUUUUGAAACUCGUUCAUCCUGGAUUUUUUUUUUUUUUAAUCAUUUGUAUCUCAGAACUUAAAAAAAAAUUAGAUGUCUUCUGCACGGACUGUGUGAAAGAAGAUGCUUUGCAUACUUGCUGCACUGCAUCAGCAUCUUACUAAAAAUGUGAAGUGAAGGACUGUUGUACACUGACAUGCUUAAAUGUAUCUGAAAGCACAAGGUGAUACUCAUUUUUUGAUGGUCUUCCCAUUUGUGCUGGUUUUGCCUCUUUGACAUCUGUCAUCAGUAUUGAGAGGGUGAGAAAUGAAUGUAACAGGUAUAAGUAACGUUGAAAAAAACUUAAUAGCUUUGCUAUGAUCACCAUUGUUCCAGAGCACUAUCAGAUUCAUUCUAAUGACCAGAAGUGGUUGUUUAAAGUACAACCGUGGGAAAGAAAUCUUAAAUGAAAAAAGCAUCUCAUUAUAGGCAUUCUUGCCUCAUUUUACUGGGCCAUGUUUAUGUUUCUUGGUACUCAUAAAUACAUGUAUUUUUUUCCCAGAUCUCUUUCCCCAAGUUGCUGUUAUAAAAGUAUUCUGCUGAGUGUGGAUGCAUUUAUACUCAUUAAAGCAGAUCUGGAGUCUGAAGUAGCUAAAAGCAGCUAUAAAACUGAGAAAUACAUUCAUAGCUGCAGAAACCGUGAUAGGUAGAGGACUUUACUUUUGGUUUUUGUUUUGUUUUUUGGUGUUAAAGAGAAGAGAUUUUAAUUACAAAGAAAAUUCCAAUAAAUUGUGCAGAAAUACUGGUUUCUACACCAUCCUAAAGAAAAAGUUAUGAGGGAUUUUUGGAAUAGGAAAACAUUUUUUAAAGUUGGGAUUUAAAAUUGUAAAAAUGACCAGAGUGUCAAAGUUCUAGUAGAACUCAUUUUGUGCAAUGAACAUGAGGAAAGACUACUGUAUAGUUUUUUUUUUUUCCUUUGUUUUUUUUUUCUUUUAAAUGAAGAAAAGCUUUGCUUAAGGGUUGCAUACUUUUAUUGGAGUAAAUCUGAAUGAUCCUACUCCUUUGGAGUAAAACUAGUGCUUACCAUUUCCAAUUGUAUUUAGCUUCUGGUUGGAAUUUGAAGAAAAUGAAAACCUAAAUAAAAUAGGUGAAAGUUCCCUGACUAUUCAGGUGAAUACACAAA